CUGUGCAAGAAGGUGUGUCUGUCCCUGUCCGCUAAGUCCUCCAGCAUCGACAGAGAAAACUCCAAAACCUCGCCCAAUAAUCGCUCACCUGUCCGGCAGACAGGCCGUCUCAAUGCAUUACAGAGGACCGAAAACACUGCGGGGACCAUGGAUGUGCACGAUUUGUUUAGUAGCUGCAGAAAAGGCGACAUUUGUAGAGUCAGAUACCUUGUUGAGCAAAGAGACGUGGAUCUUAAUGUAAAAGAUAAAUGGGACAGCUCUCCUUUGUAUUAUGCUUGUCUCUGUGGCCACGAGGAGCUGGUCCAGUACCUGUUGGCGAGUGGUGCCAAGUGUGAAGCCAACACGUUUGAUGGCGAGAGGUGCAUGUACGGCUGUCUAAGUGACUCUGUUCGUCGCCUGCUCAAAGAUUAUAAGUGCAUAGCUGUCCGUGCCAUGCAGCGGAAUGAUUUUAACUACUUCCUACACAUGCUGCUGGAGCAGGGUCAACACAGCGACAUCAAGUUCCUGGUCCAUGGACAAGUGUUUAUGGCCCACAGAUGUAUCCUUAGUGCACGCUCAGAGUACUUCACUGAGAUGUUUGAGACUAAAUGGAAAGGGAAGAACUUGAUCACCCUCAAACACCCUUUGAUUAACCCUGCAGCCUUUGGAGCCAUCCUGCAAUAUUCCUAUACAGGACGAAUGGAUGUGGAUAUAAGCCUUGUGGAGGACUGCAGGCGACUUGCUAAACAGUGCAAAAUGGAAGAUCUGAUAGAAGAACUGGAGAAUAAAUGCAAACAGUUGUAUGAAUUUGUGUCCAACAAGCCAGGCAUGUGUGUGAAGGUCCUCAGCCUGGAGCCUCACAGCUGUCAACUUCAGGAGGACAUGGCUCAGUUAGCAGACUGUGCGCUUCCCAUUGAACUAAGAGUUGGAUUUGGAGAACUUCCCUUUAACAGAGUCGACCGCUUCCCUACUUAUCCUGACAUCUGCUUCAGAGUGGAUGGUUUCGACUUCUUGUGUCAUAAGGCAUUUUUCUGUGGACGUAGUGAUUAUUUUAAAGCCCUGCUGGAGGACCACUUCAGUGAGGGACAGCAGCUACAGUCCCAACCCAGCACCCCAGUGAUUACUUUACACAACAUUUCCCAUGAAAUAUUUAUCCACGUCAUGUAUUACAUCUACACUGACGCCACAGAGCUUAUUAUAGAGAAUGUUUGUGACGUGCUGGGAAUGGCCGACAUGUAUCUUCUGCCGGGGCUGAAGGCUCUUUGCGGGAAGACGCUGGCUAAGACUAUAUGUGAAGACAACGUUCUGUGCUUGUGGAGGAUGGCGAAGCUCUACCGUCUGUCUCGGCUGGAGGAUCAAUGCGCAGAGUUCAUGGCCAGAAACAUUGAGCGGAUGGUGGAGCAGCCUGAGUUUGCAGAGAUCAUCACAGAGGAUGCUGCAUCCUUGGAGGAGCGACACGAGACUGACUCCGUCCCCCUGGUGGACGACAUCCGCUACCACAUCGCCAGCAACGUGCAGACCUACAGCGCUAUUGAGGAGGCCAACCAGAAGCUGGACGCCUUGGAGGAUCUGCUCUCCAGCAUCAAUAUUGACUGCUGAGGGUUAACAGGUUUUGCCGUGUGAAUGCAGCUGCAGUUUUUAACCCAUAAGAACCCACGGUGACACGCAUGUAACAAACACUUUACAUGUUCUAUAAUUUCCCAUAUACAGCUUUAUGCUUCACCUUAACUCAUUUAAUCCCUUAGCAAGACUGUUUGACUGUGACAGGAAGUGACAUCUUCAAAAUAUGUGUGUGACUGGAAACAGAAAUGUGAAAAAGUAGCUAAUUUAAAAAAAUAUAUUUUUUGUCUUCGAGGCUAAAUUUAAACCCAUUUAACAAUUCUAAUUCUAAUCUAAGUACAUUUGACCAAAUAUAAACAAAAAAUAAUCCUAUUCUAUUCUGUCACAAUUGUGUUGUGGAGAUGUAAAGAAAAAGGCAAAUUUGUGUUUCUGUAAGCAGAAAAGGUGUCUAGUUUAUUUAUUUUAAAAUAAGAAAUAUCAUACACAUAACUUCCAUAAACGCCCAAUGUAACAUAUAUGUCAUAUCACAGAUCUUUGACAUUUAGGGGUUGUAUUUUUUUAUUAAAACAUCAUAAAUGUGUUCUGUGUGGUCGACUUGUUCUGUGGUAUAUUCCCCAUAAUUUUCCGUUAAGGACAACUGGGUCUGGGUUCUUAUGGGUUAAGGUGGAUACUUUGGGAGGACAGAUAGUGGUGGAAACAUUUUUUGACAGAGAAAAUGUGCGUCUGUAAAAUUGAAGGUUUUAUUUCAUUUACAGUAUAUUGUACAGAAUAUAUAUUUUCAAAGGCUUCAGAGAAAUGUUUCUUUUUUGAGGGAGACGUAUCAAAAGAUGUUUGGUAUGAAGUACCAAGUUGUGCAAGAUGUGUUUUUGAGGAAAUUGUGAAUGAUAUAUUUACUAAAGAAUAUAUUUCAGUACACAUACAUGGAUUUAUUUUAGGCAUAACUGCUGGAAUUCAGACUAGCUGCUUAUUUAGCUCUUUUAUGUAUUUUGCUAACAAAGUGCAACAAAA